AUGCAUUCUUAUUUUUUAUUAUUCAACAUACUUCUCAUAUUUUUAUUACCAAUAAAUGCACAGAUAGAUACUUCUUUUACAAAUACAUCAUGGUUUUGGCCAGUAUUUAGUAUUUGUCUUAUAUUAUUAAUUAGUGCUUCAUGUAUAGCCGUUAUAAUUAUCGGUCUUUGUCAUGAUAAACAAAAAUUAAAUACGAAUUUCGAUCAAUCAAGUAUUAACUCAAGUUCACCAUCUAUUUCUUCAGUAUCAUUUCAAGAUGAUAGACAAUAUAAUUAUUUUCAUAGCCCACCGCCACCAUAUAUAGCAAAUGAACAACCGGAAAUUCUUUUUCUUACUUCAUCACUUCCACCUUCAUAUCGAUCUUCUACACCAAUAGAUUUAUCAUCAACAUUAACAAAUCCAUCUAUACCAACAUUUUAUGUUUAA